GAUAAUGGGCACGGAAUUAAUAGAGAAGAAUUGUCAAUUGCUUGUUGUCGCUUUACAACUUCAAAAUUGCGUGAAUUUGAGGAUUUACAAAAAAUUCAAACUUUUGGUUUUCGUGGAGAGGCUUUAGCUUCUAUUUCUUUGGUUUCUAAUUUAAUUAUUACAUCAAGGACAGCAAAUGAAAUUUGUGCUUCUAAAGCUUGUUUUAAAGGUUUUUUUGAAAAUUUUUUUUUGGAAUUUUUUUCGAAGUCUUUUCUAAAAUGAGCCCGGAUAGUCCGAAUACUGUGAGGGAAAAUAAGAGAAGAAAUAAAAUAGGGGGCUCCUAUUUCAAAAUUUCUCACAAAACUUUUUAGAGGGAAAAUUAAUUGGACAAAUUGAACGGUCAGCAGGUCUUUUAGGAACAACAAUUUGUGUUGAAAGACUUUUUCAAAAUAUGCCUUCGAGAUUAGCAGCUUUUCGGCAACCGAGUGAAGAAGCUAAUAAAAUUGCUGAUAUUUUAAUUCGUUAUUCUAUUCAUUAUCCAAAAAUUUCUUUUUCUUAUCGUCGUCUAGAUGGAAAUGGCUAUGAUUUUAGAACAUCUGGGGGUGGGGAUCAACAUGGCACAAUAAAAAGGCUUCUUCAUGAAAAAGCAUCUAAUGGAUUGACAAAUUUAGAAUUUAACAAUUCUUCUCUACACUUCUCUGCCAAAAUUUGUUUAACUACACCUGUGGCUAUUUUUACUUCAAAAGCAGUCCAAACACGAAAUGUAUAUUUUGUGAAUGGCCGUUCAGUAGAAUCUUUUAGACUUCAAAAAUCUUUUGAUUCAAUUUUUACUUCAAGAGAUUUACUUUGCCCUUUUGCCAGUUUUUCUUUAUUAAUUGAUCCUCAGCGUGUUGAUGUAAAUAUACACCCUACAAAGAAAUUAGUUUAUUUUUUAUGUGAAGAUGGUGAGUAG